AUGAAGAACGAAGUGGGAUGGAUGAAUCAAGUGUUGGAUAGCAGCGAGGAUGGUGAAUCUUUCAUCGAGAUACAAAUCAACAAACCAGCCGCAGGAUCGAGCAUCUCUUCUUCCCAAUCUCCGGAGAACGGAAUGCAGACGACAACAAUCUUAUCAUCGGCUUCUACCUGCUUCUCUGCAUAUAGCAGCCUGACGAGGUUGAUGAUGAAACUGGGAUGUUUGAGUAUAGUGGGAGUCAUAAGAGAGAAAGUGAACGUGGGAGAGAAGUGGGUCCUCCAAGUUAUCCACAGAAGACGAAACAAGAGCCUCCUACGAUACUACUGCGAAGGCAGCACUAAUUACAACGAGGAAGCAUUAACGGAAGAUUCCCUCAAGGCAGCCAUCGCUUACUGCAAUGCCUCCUCCCACUCCCCUCUACGAACUUGA